GUGUGUGCUGGCGAAGCUGAGGCUCCCUUUGGCACCCAGCGCUGCUUUACUCAUUCCUUAUCGAAUAAACAGCCUUGCUGCUAAGAAUCCUUGAUUACCAGCUUCGUUUAUAACAGCCCCGCUCCAGCAGAGCCAGCAGCAUCAAAAGCCCAAAGGAAGGUCCCAGCUCAGAGCACACCCGGCACAGCUCCCCCUCCAGGCCAGCCCACCAUGGUAUGGGGAGUAGCUGAAGCCCUUGGAGCUGCAGUUGGAGCAGGAGUGGCACUGGUUGCCGCCCCGGCGGUCGUUGCUGGGCUGGGGUUCACCGCAGGCGGCAUCGCCGCUGGAUCCAUCGCUGCCAAGAUGAUGUCGGCAGCUGCCAUCGCCAACGGAGGGGGAGUGGCAGCCGGCAGCACCGUGGCUGUGCUGCAGUCCAUCGGAGCUGCAGGUUUCUCUCUUGGUGCCGAAGUUGGGCUGGGGUCACUCGGGGCAGCAGCCGGUGCCCUGGUAGAGAAAAUCGCCGGUUGACAAACCCACGGAGGGAGCAGCUCCAGGUGCGGAAUCCAAGAGAAGUGCUGAUCCUGAGGAGUUGCCAGGCAGCGUGGCACGUGAUGGGAAGUCCCCACAGACCCCACCCUCUCAAAAGCUUUGGAUUCCCCUGAGCAAUGAGUGCCCUGAAGCCAAUAAAGUUGCUUUGCCUGCAGCAGA